AUCCAGCAGCCUUUUUUGAGAGCCAAAAGAUAUACAAACUUAUAUUUCUCUCUGUGGAAAAAAACCCAAAAGGAAUAACAUCUUUUCUUGAUUGUUUUUUUCUUUUUUCUACUGAUACAUUAGAGGUGAGAAAUUGGGAUCUAGGUUCAUUGUUCAGUCUCUUCAAUUUGGUGGUGGCAUUCAACAGAGGAAACUGUCUGCCUUUAUCACUGGAAUCUUAAAAAGUGAUCAUUUUUAGACCAGUGAUCUCAAGUCAUCAUACAAAUUAUUUGCACCUUCUGUGCAGCAUUUUUUAGGUGACUCAACUUCGCAAAAAUAUUGGAGACUGUACGAGCUAUUGAAGAGGUACGGCAGAGGGAGUGGAGAAGAAGAUGUCGUCGUCUCUACGAGAUGAAAACCGAGAUCUUCGGAAGCAGAUGGGAUGCAUGAAUGGGAUUUUUCAAAUAUUCGACCGUCACCAUUUCAUCACCGGAAGGCGUAUUAGCAGCUGUAACAGCAAAAGGCUGCUACAAGGUGGGCAGCACCAAAUGGGGCAGCAAUAUGCAACAAAAUCCAUUGUGGAAAAGGGUAUGGAGAUGCAGAAAGAGAAACCAAGAAUCUCCAGUGAAUCAUCCCGAGCCUCCUUUUCAUCCUCUUCAUGCUCAUCGACAUUUUCCUCGCUCGAUUUCAGUAGAGCCAUUCAGCCAGAAACACUUUCACUAAGACAAAUCAGUAUCCCUGAAAGCCCAUAUCAAACCCCAUCCUCAAAAGCACGCCAGCCUUCAUCGACUCAGGGCACCGGAUCACAAGAUCUUCGAGAUGUAGUGAAGGACUCGAUGCACAGAGAAGUCCGGAGUUUGUCCAUCAAAUCCCAGAGCAAAGAUGAAAGAAGAGGGACCGUGAUGAAACACAUCGACUCCCCCAGGCCCUUGCAGCCAUUUAAAACCGAGAAGCUGAAAGCUGCAAGUCAAAGUGGAGUGCCUCGUGGUCUUGCCAAGGACGAGCGGCUUGCACUUCCUCGCUUCUCUUACGAUGGAAGAGAAUCGCGGGAGGUGUAUAAGUCGGCCAUGAAGCCCAAAGAACUGCCAAGACUGUCCUUAGACAGCAAAACCAAUUCUAUGAAGGCCUUUGAGUCGAGAUUGAACUUUCUUGGCAGGGAAAUGCAAGUGGAGAGUUUGAAAUCCAGCCAAGUUAUCCAUCCGAAUCAAGAAAUUGGAAGCCAUCAACGAACAUCCAGUGUCGUAGCGAGGCUAAUGGGUUUGGAUGCUUUCCCGGGAGCCAUUUCCACAGACGAGAUCAGGACUCCAACGAUGAAGUCAUGCAUAAAAGAGGCGUUUCUUUCACAGCCAGCAGAGGAACACAACAAGCAAAUUCAGUCGAACCACUCUCCUUGUGUUUCACAAAACACUCCUGCUUCGCCAUCAUCAAAAUUGCAGACCGCCAGUUCUGUCAGGAAACCAACCACAUUUUCAAGGUUUCCUGUGGAACCAGCUCCGUGGAGGCAACAGGAUUCCAGUCAAUGUUCUCCGAAAAUGGCUUCCAAAUGCAGAAAAGUUGCCACAACUACCCUGCAUCAAACUUCAGUUUAUGGUGAGAUUGAGAAGAGGAUAACCGAUCUUGAAUUCAAGAAGUCGGGUAAGGACCUCAGAGCUCUUAAACAGAUACUUGAAGCAAUGCAGAAAACGAGAGCAAGGAUGGAGGAUGAAAGAGGAGUUUCUGCACAGCUCACAUCGCAAAGGAGAGGGUGUUUGGAAGAAAGCUGCCCCCAUCAGAAUUCCAAGUUAGCAACGUGGAAGAACAACAAGACUUUCUGCCAUCCUACGGUGAAGGAGCCUCGCAGUCCAAAGCAAUUAGAUUCUAUUGUGAUCGUAAAACCAGCCAAAGUGAUGGAGAAAGUUAAACUUUCAGUUCCCGCUCAGUUGUCAACUGUAGAAACAUCACAUCUGCAGAAUCUCACCCCUAAAUAUCACAGGGGAAGUUCAGUUCACAGCCAAAAAGCAAACAAUCUCACACCAGAGAAUAGAAAUGUCAGGCAUCAAGGUCGACAUCUUCAUUCUAGUGAAAAGAAGACUUCUUGGAGCACUUCAGAACUGGAUAGAGUCUCGACAACAACUCCACGCAUGAAAGUUGAAAAUUACACUACUCCUGGUAGGAGUUCUGGAACAGUGAGUCCAAGAUUACAACAAAAUGCUCUCAGGGCAGAAUCAGAAUCGGUGAGGGUGGGAAAGUAUGGCAGCAAGAAAGUCAUGGAAAAAGGCUCUCAGAUCAGAAAAAACAGAGUCAAAGCAAAGGAUCAGCAGUUGAGUGAUGACCAAAUGAGCGAGAUUAGUGGCGAGACAAGAUCCAUGAGCUACCAAGGUGACACAGCUUCUGUUGUAUCAGAAAGCAACAACAGUAUAGUCUCACAGUCGGAAACAGAGGUGACAAGCCUGGCUCGCUCAAUCAAAACAAAUACCAGACAAGACAAGAAUCAUAUGUCAACAACUAGAGAACGCAUGCCAGCAGUUGAAAGUGUUGUAACCAUGCUGGAACAACCUAGCCCGAUCUCGGUUCUUGACAAUACAUUCUAUUGUGAAGAUUCACCAUCUCCAAUAAAGAAAAUAACAACAGUUUUUCAAGAAGAUGAAGGCCAAACUCCUGAUGAACAAUGGUGUCUUCAGAAUCUACAUCAUUUAAUGGACUGCACAAGACUGAAUAAUAAUUUCAAGUACAAUCAGAAGUUAGAAAACGUGGGAUACUCGGUUCAAGAGCUUACACAACUGAACAAGAAAACAGAUGGAGCUUCUGUGAAUCACAAUGGCAGCCUCAAUCCUGAUUAUAGAUACAUUAACAAGAUACUACUGACAUCUGGGCUCCUCAAAGACUCAAGUGUCAUCUCAACGACUGAGAAGCUCUUUUCCUCGCACCACCUGAUCAAUCCAGACAUGUUUCAUGUCCUGGAACAAACAGAGGACAUCAGAGAGGCAGUGAAUGGAGCUGUCAUUGAAAAGAAUGACAAGAUGAAUUUGGACAGGAGAAUCCAGAGAAAGAUGAUUUUUGAUCUGGUAGAUGAAAUAUUAGUCCGCAAAAUCACUUCAAGCAGAUUAUAUACAGUGGAAAAGAAACGGGCAAGUCCACAAGGGCUGUUGAAGGAAGUACAUUUGGAGAUGGACCGUCUGUGCAGGAUAUCAGAUUGUGAUCUUGAGGAGGAAGAUGAGAUGACCAGGCUGUUGAAUGCAGAUAUGAUGCAUAAUUCAGAAGAUUGGGUAGAUUACCGCGGUGAGGUUCCUGCUCUGGUGCUGGACAUUGAACGCCAGAUUUUCAAAGACCUGAUAAAUGAAGUGAUCACAGGUGAUGCUAUGGAUGUUAGUGACUGGCCAAAGCGGCACUGCAGGAAACUCUUUGGAAAGUAGUACGUCUGCCUGCUGUUAUCUUACUUGAUAGGAGUAUAUCAUAAUGCUUAGAUGCAUGUAAUUCUUCCUCUGAUUCAAACUAUAACAUCUCUGGCCUAAUGUAUAAAGAAAUAUAACCCCUCUAGAAUAUAGAGUACAUCUCACUUAUGUUGAACUACA